GGUGUAGUUUGAGUCUUCCUCAUGUCUUGCCGCUAUGGCAUUGCUCACUUCUAUGACUUGGUGCCCGUGCAGGCGGCACAGGUGUUGGUGCAACAGCUGCGUGAAGACCUGCUGGCACGGAAACUCCAGGCCCGCAUGAAAGUGGCUCAAGAAGGAGUAAAUGGUUGGAUCACUGGACCAUUAGGCGAUGUGGAGUCCUACUGUGAGCAUCUGAGAGCGGACUUUCCCAAGGUCUUCGAGAAAACAGACUUCAAAAUUUCUCCCUGCAGCGAGGGCGAGCUGUCUCGAGGCGUCAAAGUUUGGGAGAGCACAAGUGUUUGCAAGCUUCUGGAUAGGGCUGAGGAGUACGAGGCACUCUCAAAUUGCACACGAGCACCCCACCUUACACCGGAGGAGUGGCAUCAGAAACUUUGUGAUGGGAAGGACUUGGUGCUCUUUGACGUGCGAAACCUCUACGAGACUCGCAUUGGUCGCUUCUGCGAAGAUGCACCAGGAGUGGUCGACUCGGUGGAUCCUCAGACACUCUCCUACGAGCAAGUGCCUGGCUUCCUCAGCAAGGAGUCGAACCUCUCGCGCUUCAAAGGGAAGACGGUGAUGAUGUACUGCACGGGUGGUGUCCGCUGUGAGCGUGCCUCCUCAUUGCUUUGCAGCCACCUUGGCGAGACAGCUGAGGUCUUUCAACUUGAAGGUGGCAUCCAUCGAUACCUGGAGAAGUUCCCUUCUGGCGGUUUCUUCCAAGGCGCAAUGUACGUCUUUGACCGCCGCCGGGCUGUUCGAGGAUACGACCUGCUGGGUGAGGCACAGCACGAGAGACAGAUUCUGGGCACGUGCUGCCUUUGCGGGUCCUCCUGGGAGAUGUACCAGGGGAAGUGGAAGUGCGGAGAAUGCAAAAUGCCUAUCCUUAUUUGCCUGCAAUGUCAAGGGAGAUGCAGCCAUGCAGGAGAGGGGGGUUGGGCAAGGCUGUUUCAAUUCCUUUUCAAUCUUUAACCCAACAAAAUAUCAGGCUACGAUCGUUUCAGCUGCUAACUGGAUAAACAUCACCAAAGCAAGUGACAACGACGAGGCAGCAACUUCAUGUUUUUUUGCUUUUAUGAGGUUGAACAUGAUCCCCUCGAACUGGUCGCCCGAGUGCAAUGCUGGUUGAUGACUUGCUGCGUCACUGAGUCUUUGGAAUCGUUGAUUUUGUCAUCCAAAAGUACUGUGGUUUUUGCUUUUGUGUAACGCAACCCCAUCAAAACAAAGUGUUGAGAGCGGUUCUUCUUGUGAGGGAGAACUCGAUGCCAAUCAUCUCUCGCUUUCUUGUGCGGGGACUCGUUUGUCGCAUCUUGGGGUCUCGACCCCCCAAAAAACCAAAGCCUAAGAGCAAGGACGCUCUGGCCUUACUACUAGCAGCAACUAGCUACUAGUAACAAAGGGUAUUGCUGCUAGGAGCAAGGACGCAAAGCCCUCUUCCAAAAGGCACCAGGCACGAGUUGCGGUGCGAGUUGUGCAAGCCGCCGCAAGAUCCUGCGAGAUGAGAUG